AUUAAUAGGAUAAUAGUUUUAUUGUAAAGGUUUUCAUUGAUAAGAUAAGAAAUACAGCUGGAGCUCCUCCCCUGAAGGUGUAAUAAGAGCGACGGUCACUGAAGGGUGUCUCGCUCCCCGGGAGUGUGGCUCACGAUGUGGCUCGCGCCUGCGCCGGGGGUCACUGGUGAGUGUGUUACCAGGCUGCUUAGUGAAGCAUGACAAUUUACACAACGACAGCACAGAUGGCCGUGACGUCCAGGAAGGCAUCAGUCUCUACGGACCAGUCAUCACUGGUCAUCAUCUCGAAGGCUGCCCAUGCAUCAUCAGCCUUUUCGGUGAUGGCGGCCACCAAUUCGGCGGAUGGGCAUGGAUCAUCAGCCUCUUCGGUGAUGGCGGCCACCAAUUCGGCGGAUGCCCAUGGAUCAUCAGCCUCAUCAGACGAGUCAUCACGGGUCGUCACUUCAAAGAGUGCCCAUGGAUCAUCAGCCUCAUCAGACGAGUCAUCACGGGUCGUCACUUCAAAGAGUGCCCAUGGAUCAUCAGCCUCAUCGGUGAUGGCGGUCACCAAUUCGGCGGAUGCCCAUGGAUCAUCAGCCUCCACGGACCAGUCAUCACGGGUCAUUGCUUCAAAGGCUGCCCAUGAAUCAUCAGCCUCGACCAAAGCAGCGGAAGUCACCAAGUCUGGAGCUGCCCAUGAAUCAUCAGCCUCCACGGACCAGUCAUCACGGGUCAUUGCUUCAAAGGCUGCCCAUGAAUCAUCAGCCUCGACCAUAGCAGCGGAGGUCACCAAGUCUGGGGCUGCCCAUGAAUCAUCAGCCUCCACGGACCAGUCAUCACGGGUCAUUGCUUCAAAGGCUGCCCAUGAAUCAUCAGCCUCGACCAUAGCAGCGGAGGUCACCAAGUUUGGGGCUGCCCAUGAAACAUCAGCCUCCACGGACCAGUCAUCAUGGGUCGUCACUUCAAAGGCUGCCCAUGCAUCAGCCUCAUCGGUCCUGGCCACUCCGUCAGUGGCCGCACGCGGUGCAGGGCUCACCGCCCGGACGGGCUCGCCACACCGCCUCCCGUUGCACCGGAGACUGGUGAAGACGGGCCCGUCAUCACAGAAGAGAGAGAAGUGGAGGCCGCUGAUGUUGUCCAGCAGCCAGGCCAGUGGGAUGGAAGAGGUGAAGACUGGCUUCCUAAGCGAGGCGCAUUGCACCCUGACGGCCGCGUUGCCGUCUUUCUUGCACAGCUUCGCCAAGGGCACACGCAGCUCACCCUCGGCGUGGCAGCCUUGAAUCCCUGCGACGCAAGACCAUCCUUCCACGGGGAGCUUGACGGAGGCGACCGUACGCCUCCUCUUCAGGCAGCAGGUGGAGUCCUUGCACGAGAGCUUGAUGGAGUCCACCAGGGAGGAGCCUCGCUCCAGGGUUACCCACACGUUGAAUUUCUGUCGAGAUGCAGAGUUUCCCAUCGUUGCUUCGAUGUGAUAUAAAAAAUAUCCG